UCCCCCUCCACGCAUUCUCAGUUUGUUCUUCGUUCGAGUUUGACGUACGAACUUUAUUAUCUGCAAAAAUGACUGGUCGCGGAAAGGGAGGUAAAGGUUUGGGAAAAGGAGGAGCAAAGCGGCAUCGCAAAGUUUUGCGUGAUAACAUCCAAGGUAUCACCAAGCCAGCCAUCCGUCGUUUGGCUCGUCGUGGUGGAGUGAAACGUAUCUCCGGAUUGAUCUACGAGGAAACUCGUGGUGUUCUCAAAGUGUUCCUUGAGAACGUGAUCCGUGACGCAGUCACUUACACCGAGCACGCCAAGAGGAAGACCGUCACCGCCAUGGACGUCGUCUAUGCUUUGAAACGUCAAGGCCGCACCCUUUACGGUUUCGGCGGUUAAAUAUACACAUCAUCAUCAUCAUUUAAACAAUCGGCCCUUCUCAGGGCCACCAAA